GAUGGGGAAGUCAGAGUUCCAAAGUACAUAUACAUCAUAGCACAUGGCUUCAUUUUCCUGGCCACAAUUUACGCUGGAUACUGACUUUUAUCCUUUUGUUUGUACUAGUGUGUGAAAUUGCAGAGGGUAUAGUGUCUGAUGGGGUUUCAGAAUCGCGCCAUUUACACCUGUACAUUCCGGCUGGGAGUGCAUUCCUGGCAGCCAUCACCUCCGUUGUCUAUUACCAUAAUAUCGAGACAUCCAAUUUUCCAAAGUUGUUAAUCGCGUUGCUGUUCUACUGGACUUUAGCUUUCAUAACUAAAACCAUCAAAUUUGUGAAGUUCUGUGAUAAUGGGGUUGGAUUUUCUCAGCUUCGAUUUUGCCUCACGGGGCUUCUGGUUGUUCUAUAUGGAAUGCUACUAGCUGUGGAAAUCAAUGUCAUCAGCGUGAGGAGGUAUGUUUUCUUCAAAACUCCAAAAGAAGUUAAACCUCCUGAGGAUCUCCAGGAUCUUGGCGUUCGGUUCCUACAGCCGUUUGUGAAUCUGUUGUCCAAAGGAACAUACUGGUGGAUGAAUACAUUCAUCAAGACUGCCCAUAAAAAACCAAUAGAUUUGAAAACUAUAGGCAAGCUUCCCAUUGCAAUGAGAGCUCUGACGAAUUACAUUCGCCUUAAUGAGGCCUUUGAAGCACAGAAGAACAAAAGGUCAUCGUCUCCACAAGGAUCCAGAUCAAUUUGGCGUGCUCUCUGCUGUGCUUUUGGAAGACCUUUACUUCUCAGUAGCACGUUCCGUAUUCUGGCUGACUUGCUUGGAUUUGCUGGUCCACUCUGCAUCUCUGGGAUUGUUCACAAUGUUGGAAAAGGAAAUAACACCAUCCGCCCACAGACUAAAAUUCUUGGUGUUUUCUUUAUUUCGUCUCAAGAGUUCCUGUCCAAUGCUUAUGUUUUGGCUGUACUCUUAUUUUUUGCCCUUCUGUUGCAAAGGACAUUUCUCCAAGCAUCAUACUAUGUUGCUAUUGAAACGGGAAUCAACUUGAGAGGCGCAAUACAGACAAAAAUAUACAAUAAAAUUAUGCAGCUUUCAACCUCUAAUAUGUCUAUGGGGGAGAUGACUGCAGGCCAGAUCUGUAACCUGGUUGCCAUAGACACAAAUCAGCUGAUGUGGUUCUUUUUCCUCUGCCCUAACCUUUGGGCUAUGCCAGUACAGAUAAUUGUAGGAGUUCUUCUGCUCUAUUACCUUCUUGGAAUCAGUGCCUUAAUUGGAGCAGCAGUGAUCAUAGUCCUUGCACCUGUUCAGUACUUUGUAGCAACAAAACUCUCACAGGCUCAGAGAAGCACAUUG